GAAGUUCGCUCGAUGUUUCUUUGUUGCUCAAAGCAUUCUCUGCUGAGGAUCGAAAGAGCCCACUAUCUUGGUCAGCUGCUAAAUAUAAUCUCUCGCUGAUCUCUCAGUCCGGUGACUUCCUGGUUCCAGCUUGAGUACUAGCCGCUUUGCUUUUCCCUCGCAGCCUGCCAACCGCGGAGUCAAUUAUCCAUACAACAAGACUAUUAACGCCUGAUUGCUUCUAUCUGAUGCUUGCUAUGUAGCAGUGAGAUUCGCUGAUUAUCUUUCUCUUUGGCUAUGAUUUUAAACUCUAUCCCGUCUCUCUCUUCAAGCCUCACAUCUUUACUCAUCUCUCACAAUGUUCGCCCCCCUCGGCUUGUUUAAGGACAUACCUUGUCCUGAGGGCCAGGACUGCUCUCUGCUGACUUGCAUCUUCUCCCACAACUCACAUACUUCAAUUGGCGAUGGCCCGAAUAUCGCCGCAAACGGCAAAGAUGUGCCGGAAACCAAAUCUGACAUUGCUGCGAUGUUUGGAAAUUCAGCACUCACAACGUCAGCGGCACCAGAUACGGGUGAAAGAGGAACGAAGCUAUUGAAGAGGGAAUUCAAACCAGGAUUACCUAAAGCCACAGACCUCGAGCCAAGUGCGCCGUUGAUCUCCUCGAAAGUACCUCAACCGCCGGCGCCCUCGAAGCCCGUCAGGUUGCAGUCACUGUCCAGAACAGUGUCUCCGCCGCCGAAGCCAGCAUCGGCAUCGGCGAAGACGGCCACACCCACACCUACAAGGGCCCCAGCAGUGAAGUCGCGACCACCGAGGCAGGCUCCACGGGAAAGCUUGAAUCCUCGCAUGCUGACGAAAGCGCCCGCACCGCACGGGGCAAGAUUAGCUAUCCUCACGAAAUUGCAUGCUUCUAUGGCUUCGCAAAACGAGAAAUUAGCAAAGGACACAGAUAGCAGGGACAAGUACCUUGUUCUUACGCCGAAUGAACUCAUCACAAUGGCUUUAGACGAAGAGGAGAAGACCGCCAAAGGCAACCCGAGUAUAUAUGCCAACGUCAUCAAGCUUCGUAUUGUCAGGCUCAUGAAAAUGAGCAAGGAGGAAUGGACUACGGAAGUCAAGAACCACCUCAAUGAGCGAUACUACAAGAUUGAGGCCAAGGCAGAGCAGUCGAAGCCGCAGACUCUCAAUACCGGACUAAGCGCUAAAGAGGAAAUCGCACUGGCAAGCCAACUAGUCACGCCAGUCGAAGGUCUCGAACAAUAUGGUUAUGUCACCAAGGCCCCAUCAGAUGCGGAGGUCGAGAACGCCAAGAAAGGUGUUGCCGAAUCCAAAGGCUGGGAGAAGUGUGAUCGGUGCGGUGGAAGGUUUCAGGUCUUCCCGGGCCGUCGCGAAGAUGGCUCUUUGACGUCUGGGGGUGAAUGCAUUCAUCAUCCUGGGAAGCCCUUCUAUCCUCCAAGAAAGCAAACAGAUCAUAUCACAGGACACAAGGAAGCUUACUAUUCUUGCUGUAAUGAAACGCUGGGCACCUCGUCCGGUUGUACUAGAGGGAAGACUCAUGUCUACAAAGUGUCGGAAACCAAACGACUUGCCUCCGUUCUUCAAUUCACGCAGACGCCAGUACAACCAUUCAAGGGGCCACUCCAGCCUGUCUGCUUUGAUUGUGAGAUGGGCUAUACCACGCUAGGCCUGGAAUUGAUCCGACUGACCGCAGUCAGCUGGCCUCAGGGCAAAGCACUUUUGGAUGUCCUCGUCAGACCAAUGGGCGAAGUAUUGGACUUGAACUCGCAGUUCUCCGGGGUCUUCCCUGAACACUACAACAAGGCUAUACCCUAUAACAGCUUUCAGGAGGGGCCGGGAUCGGCAGCACAUGAAGACGGCGAGGUAGAGGAGCCAGCCUUGAGGGUUGUUGAAUCGCCGGCUGCAGCCCGCGCUCUGCUGUUCCGCCAUCUUCAACCUGAUACGCCUCUGAUCGGGCAUGCGAUCGACAAUGAUCUGAAUGUUUGUCGGAUAAUUCACCCGACAAUCAUUGAUACUGUCAUGCUGUAUCCGCAUCCGCGGGGCUUACCGAAUCGCAUGAGUCUGAAGACGUUAUGCCGAAGGCAUCUCGAGCGGGAAAUACAAACAGGCGGAAGUCUUGGUCAUGAUUCAAAGGAAGAUGCAAUUGCUACGGGCGAUUUGGUUCGAGUCAAGGCAGCCGAGACCUGGAAGGUAUUGAAAUCGAAAGGUUGGCAGAUCCAGGGCGACAAGCUUGUACCCCCACCAGGUACAGAAGGGGCUGAGGCCGGGGCAGCAGCAGGAAGGCUUGGACCCGGGGCGGGCCAGAAGAGAGCGAAUUCCAGUCCGGGGCGUUGAACGUCAUCAAUACAAAACUGCCAUACUGCAAUUAUCCUUAUACAAUAUGAUACCCAGGCUGAUACGUCUACG